UGACACGCAGGGGCAAUUCUGUCAUUUACAUCUGUAAAACGAUAAAUAAAGUUUACUUUCCUUAUUUUGACAUUGUAGCUGUUGAUAAAUUAUAGGAGUAUAAAAACUGUGAUUCCUUUUCUCAUUUGUAUUUGUGUGUCCAUAUACAAAGGCAGCUAAAGCUAAAGCAACGAACACAAGAAAGUUGAUUGCAGAAUGAGAACGAGAAGAGGUCCGUGUUAUCCCAAGCCCCCGGAUUUCUGUAUCGACCAUGAAAUUCUCAAGAGACCAAAAGUGCAAGUUGAAUUCUCGCCGGAUUUUUUGAAUUCUCUCCCGGAUGAUCUUGUGCUGUCUGUUCUCUGCAAGCUCACCUCUACCGCUCGAUGCCCACCCGAUUUCAUCAAUAUUCUCAUUACAUGCAAAAGACUGAACAGAUUAGGCCUGACCUCAAUCGUACUGUCGAAAGCAUGCCCGGAAAUGCUGGCGGUGAAGGCGAAAAACUGGUCGGAAUCGAGUCACCGGUUUCUCAAACUCUGCGCCGAUACCGGAAACGCUGAAGCCUGCUACACCCUUGGCAUGAUUCACUUCUACUGUUUGCAAAAACGAGGCAGCGGCGCGUCACUGAUGGCGAAGGCGGCGAUCGCCUCCCACGCGCCGGCUCUCUACUCCCUCGCCGUCAUCCAGUUCAACGGCAGCGGCGGCACCAAGAGCGACAAGGACCUCGCCGCCGGCAUCGCGUUGUGUGCACGCGCCGCCUUCGUCGGCCACAUCGACGCCCUCCGCGAGCUCGGCCACUGCCUCCAGGACGGCUACGGUGUGAAGAAGAACAUCGCCGAGGGGCGUCGCUUCUUAAUUCAGGCUAACGCGCGUGAGCUCGCCGCCGUCCUUGCUGUGUGCCCGUGGCUGCUUACCGAUUUCCGGUACAAUGUGCCGUCGCCGGAGCCCCACCCGGCGAACCGGUUUUUGUCAGAGUGGUUCUCGGACCGAACCGGAAAUGUGAUCGGACCGGGUCUUCGGCUCUGCUCUCACUCGAUUUGCGGCAAACCGGAGACACGUAGGCACGAGUUUCGUCGGUGCUCGGUGUGCGGAGCAGUGAAUUAUUGCUCACGGGCUUGUCAGGCACUGGAUUGGAAACUGCGCCAUAGGGUGGACUGCACUCCCGUUGAUAGAUGGGCCGACCAAGACGGCGCCGGGCUGUGAAUGUGACGGUGACGGUGCCGGAACGGGGCUCUUUUUUUAAACGGCUUGUAUAGUUUUGGAGAGGAAUUUACAAUUUAGGAAGGUACUGAAUUUUGGUUGGGGCGAAAAUUGAAUUAAUAUAAAAGUGUUGACGCUUAUUUAAUCGUACAGUGCAGCAUAAGAUUUUAAACUGAUUUAAUUUUGUGAAUUGAGUGGAAAGAAAAAAAUUUAGAGAAUGAUGAUAUUUUUUUUAGAAAAUAUGUAAUUAAAGUAGGAUAGAGGAGUAUUUAAUUAGAUUGACAUUUUGUUAGUGGUAAAUUAUUAAUUUAUGUUGUACAUGAGGGUGAAGAGUUAAAACAUGAGACGAGCAUAUCACAUGAAAUGUGGGACAUGUGAUAGGCAAUAGAGACUAGAGAGGUGUGAUUUUCCUUUUUAUUUAAAAAAAUCGAAAUUAAUUAAAAAAUUGUUUUUAAAUAAAAAAAAUAUUUUCUCACUUUC